GUCUUGACUUCGGAUGGUGACGUGUGGAAACCUUUAAAUUGAUGAUCAGCGAUGUCGCCAAAUGCUGAAAAUGUUCGUAACCUGCACAGGGUGAGCUUAGGAAAGUACUCUUUCAUGCUGGAGUUCCUUACCCAACAAUGGCAGGUGGUUGAAGAAGAGAAGAAUAAUCCAGAGACGACGUACAAAGUGUCUAUCAUCAAUGUGUGGGAUUCAUUCAACGCAUUCCUCGAAGUGAACGGCUACCCUAGCGACUGUUGCAGCAAAAUUCUCUUUGGUAAGCUGCUGAAGCAAGCAGGUGUGGAGAAAGUGAAGAGAGGUCCACGAUAUAAUCAAAAGUUCUAUUACUAUCCAUUGGUUCCCGUUGAAGGUUCCAUGACCGAGGCUAUGAUGUCGACUGUAACUCAGGAUCCCGACGCAUGUGGCGAAAUGCGAGAGCAAAACUACGACUCAGACAGCACAGUCAAGAAGGAAAACCUGAUCGCUACAGAGGCAGUUUCGUCGAAGAACAAAGAUAUCAACGUGACUUCAAACCAAGGCAUUCAAUUCAUUAAAAAUGAAGUUGUUGAACAUUAUGAUUUCAAUGGGAGCAUUGCUCUUUAUAUCAAAGAAUAACAAGUUGAAUGCAGUCGAGAAUAUGAGAAUUAAACACCAUCAACUAUUUUUGGAGAUGCCCUCAGUUCUUCCUCUUUAUGUUGGCACAGAAAACACUGAUGAUUAGGACAGCAUGUGAGGCGUCAACAGCGACGGCGGUUUUCUGUAAAAAAUAACGAAAAAGUUUACACAAGACGGAAAUUUUGUCGUUAUAGAGAAGUGAAGAAAGCGUUAUUUAAUCCACACUUUAGAGAAAUUGGUGCUGGUGCACAUGAUGCACCGCUAUUGGUGGGACUGGGCCAUUGCUUUGCAUGUGCCUCUAUCGUAGCCAUCAAAUAGUUAUUAUGUCAAUACGUAUUUAAAUAGAAUUUUAAUUUCACGUUUCAGGCGAACGCUUGAUUUUGCUGCACGUCCCGGUUUUUAAUCUUAAAUCUUUUAAACCCAUUAAGAACAUAUUUGAGAUGUUGCAUAGUUAUAGAUCGUGUUGUUAACUUGAUUGUGUUAACAAGAUAAAUUAAAAUUAGUUUGAUUAACGACCCGAGUAAUGUAGCUUGACCACUUAUUCAGUCUAAGUAAAAAUUAUGUUCUUAUUCGUUUGAAAUCUAUAGGAUACU